AUGGAUGGAGGUGUUUCCCUGCUCACCAGUCCUGUUGAGAAACGGCUGACUCAGAAGAAGUCGGAAUCUCCUGGAAAGACAGCAUGCACAGGUGAAUCAAACAGCCCUCCUGGAACGAUUCAGGGUGGGAAGGGUCUGCAGGGUAAGAGUCAGUUUAGAACCAUCGCUCCAAAACUUGCACCCCGAGUCCUGGCGCCCAGAGUGGUCCCGGGCCCGGCGCCCUCCCUCUCUGACCACGCGCAUCCAGGCCCCUCCCUCGGCUCGAAGGCCCUGGGGAUGCCCCCCCAGAAUUACGCGCUGAUGCAAGUGGCCGGCCAGGAAGGGACCUUCUCUCUCGUCGCUCUGCCACACGUCGCCUCGGCUCAGCCACUCCAGAAACCCAGACUGCCUCUGCCCAAGAACCUGAAGCUGCCCAUCCCCCGGUACCAACGCCCAGGACAUAGCAAAGGAGCCAGAAAGAAACCGGGGUUCAGCUCCUCCGACAGGGGCUGUAGCCAAGCUCCCGCCCAAACCCAAGCGGCCCCUCCCCUGCCUGAGCAUCCCGAGGCCCCGCACAAGCCCAGCCCACCUAAGACGGCGCUGGCACCCGGCCAGGCCCCAGCCUCGCUGGCCAGUGCGGGUGGCCAUGGAGACCCUGGGCCCCCAGGGACCAGCGACCACGGAGGUCGGGACCCUCCCACCGCCCCAGCGCUGUCCACACUGGAGGAGCCCUCUGCCGAGCAGGGCCUCCCGAAGAGUUCAGGGAGAGCAGGCGUUGCAGGCAAGAAGCCCUCCAGGAAGCCUGCUGUCGCCAGGGGAGAACUUAGAGAACAGGUCGACCCUGCCAGGUCCGCGACCCAUUUGUCACCUGGCGUUAUUGGAAACGCAGUUCAGGUGGUCCCUUCCAUCCCCAGAGGUAAACUGCCCAUCCUGCCCUACUCAAGAACGAGGGCGUCGCAAGUUUACAAAGGCGGAGCAGCUGUGAACGUUGGGGAUGUUUCUCUCCCUGGGCUCAGGGCAGCCGGUGAUAAGACCUCGUCCAUCCCGGAGGGCUUCUUCUGUUCGGCCCCCCAGGUGGCCGACAGGGGACCUGCCCCACAGGCGUCGAGGCAGAGCCCCUGCGACAGGGCCUACUGUCCGGCCACCAAAGCCGACCUCAACCACAGAACAAAACCGAACGGCGGGGCAGCCAAGAGAAGAGGAAGAAAACGGAAGGUCCCGGAUGAACUUCUGACAUUUCAGGGUAAAAGGAGGAAAUGUGUCAUUAAUAAGUGUAAAGAUGGCAAAGAAAGAGCCAAAGCCGAUCCCCAGGAAUCCAGGGACCAAAAACCUGGGGCUGUGAAAAAAUACCGUAGCAUCAUGCCCAAACCUGUCCUGGUCCUGCCGGCCCUGGCUCCCCUGGCCUCGCCUGCGGCCACAUUACAGCCCCCGGCGCCCGGCAGCCGGGGGCACGCGUCGUUCAAUCACUCCCUCGCCACCCCCAAGCAUCCGGGCUGCAGGCAGGACGACGGCCCCUGCCCGAAGCCCGGCUCGGCCUUUAGAAAUGGGUUCUCCGGCCUCAAGAAGCCUUGGCACGGAUGCCACGUGUGCGAGCACGCCUUGCAGCCCAAGCAGCACCUCCGCGAGCGCGCCAACCCGCACAGCGACAGCCGGCCCUACAGCUGCCGGCUCUGCCGCAAAGCCUACGUGCGGCCGGGCAGCCUGAGCGCACACGUGCGGCUGCAUCACGGCGACUCCCGGCCCAGGAGGCUCGUGUGCUGCGAAUUCUGCGCGAAGGUGUUCGGCCACGUCAGAGUCUACUUCGGCCACCUGAAAGAGGUGCACGGGGUGGCCAUCAGCACCGAGCCCUCCCCCUGCGAGCCGGGAGACCUGCUGAGGACCAGGGAGCAGACUGCCCGAGGGAUGGAGGGACCGGUGGACAGGGAGACCAAGUCCAGCCUGGAAGAAGAGCUCCUUCUAAACCAGGCUGAUGAGGUCAAAUUCCAGAUCAGAUGUGGCUGCUGUCAGAUCACUGCCCAGUCUUUUGCUGAAAUCAAGUUCCACCUGCUUUACGUUCAUGGAGAGGAAAUCCAGGGCCAGUUGCAAGAGGAGCUCUCACCCUCCCCAGGAAGCAGGGGGGCUCAGGGAGAACUGGCUCAACAGGCUCCUUCCUGGAAACAUCCUGAGAGAAGAAAGCCGCUUAAGCACCGGCCCUUGGACGGGGAACUCUGUGCAGUCCCCAGACUGAAAAAGCAACUCUACCUCCGUCAUCAGAGUGACGUGGAGAUACUUGCGAAACGUGAAGCAGCCCAGCCAGGACCCAGUGAGCCCGGAGGACACCCCCAGGGCCCCGAGGGUCCCGGCCCCGACGCUGCCCUCUCCCCACCCCGGCCUGGCUUUCGCUGCGUCCUUUGUGCACAGACGCUGGGAAGGAAGGAAGAGCUGCUCCUGCAUUGGGAAGAGCGCCACAAGUGCGAGGACCCUCUGAAACUCUGGACGGUUCUCAGCACACUCUCCAGCCAGGGAGUCAUCGAACCUUCCAGCGAGACCGGAAAAUGA